AUGUUUAUUAAAAUUGUAAGUUUGUUCAUACUUUCCCGAUUGGUGUUUCAAGAUUAUUCUGUGGCAUUUAACAUACGUGACUCUAAUAUUAUAUCCAAUUAUUCACAUGGUUACAACAGCCCAGGUAUAAACAAUGAUAAAUUAGGCAAUUUGAAUUAUUUCACGGAAAUCUUCCCCAAAAUGUCUUUUUUACAAGAAGAUGAUGAUGUCAAUCAAAAUAAAAAUGGAACUUCUAAUAAAGAUAGUGAAAAGCAAGACGCCAAUUCUAUCGCUGAUUCUGAUUCAUUAAAGGAUAGGGAUUACGCUUUAUUUAAUGGAAAUUUAAUAGCUGAUUUAAAAGAAGAGGAACCAAUUGAUGAAACCGCCGAAGAGGAAACAAUUAAUGAAAAUAUAGAUGAAAAAAAUACAUCAACUAUAAAAUAUACACCAGAUUACACACCCCGUUUAAAAAAAGCUAUGCAUACAUUAGGCUAUGAUAAAGAAUUUAAAUUAGCUGAAUUGACAACAAUACAGUCAUGUCCCAAUGAUAAUUUUUUAUUUGAUAUAUUUCCCCAAGCAAUACAAAAAUUUCAGGAAAACGAUAUGAAAUACAUACAAACUCAAGGGGAUCAAUAUGUAGAAUGUAUUAAAAAGCAUAAAUUAGUUGGAUCAGAUAAUCAGGACUUGAAAUUGAAUUUUGGUAAUUCAGUUAAUACUUUUGGCCCAUAUAAAAUACCACAAAAAAUGAUUACCUUCGAUUUAAUCAGAUUACCUUCAAAUAUUACUCCUGUUAAUUUAGCAAAUGAUUAUUAUUUAUCCGAAAGUGAAUUUCCAAAUUUGCAUAAACUAAAUUAUUGUCUAUUACACCCUGCAAAAUUAGAAAAAUUAUUAAAAAGAAAAGAUAUUAAAUCAUAUAUAAAUAAUACAGAAUCUGGCUCUUAUGAUAAUUUUUUUAAGAAGGCUAUGAAUGAAUCCAUUGAAUGCCAUGUUGAAAAUACAUUACAUAUGAUAUUAUCAAAACUCACACUUUUUAUGUUCUUUAAUGUUAACAAACCAGAUUCUAAGAAUAUCCUUAAGAAGCAAUUGUACAUAAUAAAAUCAGGGCUAAGUUAUAGAAGUAGAAAAUAUGUCGAUAAUGCUUAUAAGAAGGUUAUAAACAAUUUUAAAGAUUACGAAAACAAAAUAAAAUUGAUUGAUUCCAAUUUGGAGAAUAUAACUUCGUACUAUGCCGCGCAUGCUUUUGGUAAUUUAUGCAACACAUAUAUGGAAAAAGAUAAUAUAUAUGAAGCAAAUGCAUAUUUGUAUGAGCACAUUGCUCCAUCCAUUAAAAUUUUCUCUUCUUGUAUUAAACAUUUGACAAUUUAUAAUUAUAUUAUAUCAAAUUUACUUGGUCAAGUAAAACAUUUAAUGAGUUAUACCCCUAGAAAACCAAUAUUAAAAGAUAUACAUUUUAAGGCUCUUUUAAACAAAUUUAAAAAACCCCAAAAUGUAAAUGAACUUCCAUAUGACCCAACUGUUAAAUCAUUUGCACUUGGUGAAUUAACGAGAGAACCUAUUCAUGGUUUAAUUCAUUCGUACUUUGAAUAUAAGAAAAAAGACCUAUUAGAUAUUAUGCAGAAGCUCAAAUUAGAUAUUUUUUCACUUGCUAAUAAAGAUUUAAAAUUUCCAAGUGCCGAUUUGCCAGAUUAUAAAUUGUUUAAAGAUAUAGUCAAUAAAUAUAAAAAAGAAAUCAAAAUUUUAUUCCAAGAAAUGAAUUCUGAAUAUGUCAAACUUUUUAAAAUGCGUAUUUCAGCAUUCUACCAAAAGGACUUUUUUAUUUAUGAUCGUGUAUUCUAA